AUGUCUGCCGCAGCAACUCUUCCUCCCGGGAAUAAAAACAUGAACUGGGCCGACGAAGAUGGCGAUGAGGGUCCUCAGGUGGAAACACGCGAUGAGGGCAAUGGCGUGCAAGUAAUUACUGAGUAUCGCACGAAUGCCGAUGGCAAGAAAGUCAAGGUCACGCGCCGCAUCAAGCGUACGCUCACCAGUACGAAGGUGAACCAUGAUGCCGCUGAGCGCAAGUCCUGGUCCAAAUUUGGUCUGGAGAAAGGGGCUCAGCCGGGUCCUCAUUCGGGUACCACCUCAAUUGGUGCCAAUGUUCAAAUUAAGCUGACGGCUGGUGCCCAGAAGGAGCCCGAGCCUGAUCCUACAGAGGCUAUGCGCGAGAAGCUAGCCAACAAGCGUGUUCAAUGUCGUCUUUGCAAGGGCGACCAUUACACUGCCCGCUGCCCUUACCGCGACACACUCGAGGCCAUUCCCGGCGCUGGUGGCGAUGUGCCGGACACAGAGGCCGUCGCUGCUGCUGCUGCGGCAGGCCUUUCUCUUUCCAGUGAUCCUGUUGCUGCUGCUGCUGCGGCGGCCAAAAUCAACCCUGCUGCUUCCCCGAUUGGUGCUGGUGGUGCUGCGCCUGGCAAGUACAAGCCUCCCAGCUUGCGCUCGGGAGCCGUGCCGUCGGCCGGUAUCGGUGGGCCCGUGCAGCGCGACGAAUAUACCACUCUGCGUGUCACCAACUUGAGCGAAGAUGUGGAAGAAGAGGAUCUGCGCGACUUGUUCCGACGCUAUGGCCGUGUUACGCGUAUCUUUGUCGGCCGCGAUCGUGAGACAGGUGCAUGCAAGGGCUUUGCAUAUGUCAACUUUGAAGACCGGGCGUCGGCGGACCUGGCGCGACAGAAGCUGGACGGAUACCCAUACAGCAACCUUAUUCUCAGUUGCCAGUGGUCGCAGCCGCGGGGCGAGCGCCCGCAUUGA